AUGCUGGCGAGAUUCAGGAACAGCUUCCGCUGCGGCAUCCCAAAUGCCCCCCGAUCUAUCCGUAUUCCAGGGAUGGAGAAGCCGGAGUCCUCCCGCGGGGGCGAGAGCGCCGGGGAGCUCGAGGAUCGGGACCCCAACAGCCUGAAUCAACACCUUCAGGUGAUGUGGGACGACGUGAUCGGCGAGCCGGAAGGGAUCCGGAGUCCCGAGUGCGCCUGGCGGCUCAGCGGCCAUUGCUUCCGGCUCUCCAGGGGAUGCUGCUACGUAUUCCUCUCCGUCCUCGUGGCGCCUCUGCUCGCCCCUGUCGGCUUCAUGUUCGCCUGCCUCGCGUUUCAGCAUAUAUGGUGUCUCGCGCCGUGUCUGCGCGUGUGGAAGAUCACGUGCGCGGCGAUGCGAAAUUUCCUGGCGGCGGUGACGCAGGCGGUCGUACGGCCGGUCAUGGAGGGGCUGGGCUAUCUCUGUUACAAUAUCCGUGUAUUCAAUCAGAGGUUACCGGACGGGCCUAUGCAGAAGGAGGACCUGCUGGUCGUGUGACUCGACGACCCCAGCGGCGGCCCCGACGCGGAGUCACCACCCCCUUCGCCGUCGGGCUCGCGGCUUUCCGCUGUCGCGACCUCCGCACCCCUCUGAGCACGAACGCGGUGCCGCGAUCGCGCAAAUCGUACGUGUCGGUAGUGUUAUAGCGUUUAGAGUUAAGCGGCGAGGAAGAGGGAAGAUGUUCAACUAAAGAAAGAUGCUUCCCACAUAGAACAUGGCAUCCAUUAGACAUCCAUUAGAUUUACUCCGUAGUUCCAUAAGACGUUUAUCUCCAUGAAAUCGGCUAGAACUUCAAUAGAGUACCAUACUUGCUAUAGUAUAUUCUUGAUGUUCUCUACAAAAUCAUCGUGAACGUCUAUUGAAACAUUUAUUAUGGAUUAUAGUAGAUUGGAUUGACGUAGGGACAGUCGUAUUCGUAGUCGCUGGAGUUGAUUCAAUUCGUAUUCCAACGACUACGACCGCAAUACGUCGCUGCGAACCAAUGAGAGGGGAGCGUUGCACAUUUAAUUAGCGGAAAAAAUAGCACGUAGAAGCGAAAGGGAGAGACUUCUAGUUAAUGUUAAUCUAUUAAUCGUCCCUCUAUUAGUCUAUAUUAGUCAUUCAAGCUCUAUGAAAUGUCUAUAAUCCACAUAAUGUUUAAUACACAUAAUGUCUAUAAAUAUGUCUAAUGGAGGCCAAAUGGACGUAUAUAAAGCAGGACUGUGACUUUUUAGUGGACGUUCGUUGGAAGUCUAAUUUCAAGUCUUCAGACAGACGUCUAAUGUCGUGUCAGAGAUUUUUGUUCUACGUGGGUCGCGACGCGAGUCCGAAUAUAUCACGAGCAAAAUUCUUAAUAUAAUCGUCGUAGUAUCUCAAUAUAAUGUAUAAUAACUGUCAAGAGUGUCGGCGGUCUAAGAUAGGCGAGGAGGCACCACCGCGACAUGCGCAUCAUUAAUAAUCGGGGCGGUAUAUAUUUUGUAGCUCGUAGUCAUAAUAUAUGUAACGUAGUUACAAUGUGACAUAAUCAAAAAAAUUUUCCGUUGAACUAGCUACAAUACAAUGUUGCAACGAGCCGCUGUCAAGUAUACCAAUAAGUGUAAAGGUCCCCCGCAUUGGCCUUGUAGAAGUAUAAUAUGUUUAACUCAUGCGCAUGUCCCGGGUGGACGCAGCAUACCAGGAGUUAAAAAGCUCGAAUAGCAGACCAGUCGAUAUUUUACGCAGACUGGCCUGCCUUUUGCCGUGGCACUCUUGAAUCCGAGACAAGAUGUCCUGGUGCUUCAUCCAGGUGAAAGGAUAAUUCUCUAAAUGAGAAGUGAUCUAAACGAGCGAACCGUUGAACGAGAUCUAGUCAGUGUAUUAAUCUAAAAUUAUAAUUUAACUGGGAAUGUAAAUUAUUAAGAAACUCCAUAGAGAGGAAAAGAGAAAUAGUUAUUAACCCCUUGAAUGGGAUCUCAAAAUGCAAAAGUGAUCCCAAAAUGCGUUUCCGUGUAUUAAUUCCAUGACGUCAUUCAAGGGGUUAAUAAGAGGUGUACGUAAAUCUGCAAGAAAAAUUUAUUAUGUCGUGUUUGAAGCAAAGAUCGUUAGUCAAAGACAAACGAAAGUGUUAAAAAGUUCAGCCACUCAAUUUCUAUAUGUACAAUCGUAUAAUUAAUUUUAGUGUAAUUAAUUAAUGUUCCUCAAUAAUGCGAUAAGGUAACACAGAACUGUCGCACUUUCAAUACUCUAUGUGUAAAUUUGUCAUUGUUACCAUUCUACCAUUUGUCGUUACCAUUUGUCUUUGUGUUUUUGGCCGUUGUAAACGAUUUGCGGAAUAUUUUUCGCAAUAUCAAAAUCUUAGGAGCUGUACAUACGAAUCUUCUGUAAGAGAAUUUUUGCAAAUAAAAAUGUAGAACACGAGAAAAACAA